GUCGUGCCGCCGCGCUCUGCGGCCGCGUCUUUCUCGCCGAAGGAUCGGCGUAUAAAGAGCAGUGCGCGCAUCGAAGGUGCGCUUUGGCAACCAGCGACAGCGGCAAUCAUGAAGUUCCUCGCCAUCACCCUCCUGGCCGUGUGCCUCAUCCAGGGCAACAAUGCCCAGUUUGGCAGCCUCCGCAACCUGGUCAGCGGCGCCGUCAACACCGCCCAGAACGCCGUGAGCAGCACCCGGAGCGCCGUGAGCAACGCCGUGAGCAACGUCGCCAGCGCCGCCUCCGACCGCGCCUCUGGCGUCCUGUCCGGCGCCCUCGACACGGCCUCCAGCAUCCGCAACAGCCUGCCCGGAGGCGCCCAGGCCCUGAUCGACUCUGCCACCGCUGACAUCAGCGUCGACUCUCUCACCGCCGCCGCCAACAACCUCGCCCCCAACGACCUGCUCCAGACUAUCAACGGUGCCGCCGAUGAGGUCAAAACCAUCGCCAGUGGCGUCCAGAGCCAGAUCGAGGAGACCAUCAACUCCGUGAACCAGUUGGCCGAGGAGGCCGUGAGCAAGGCCACCAGCAACAGAUGGACGGCCCCCGUCAAGGCCAUCCUUGAGAAGGCCGUGGAAGCCGGCGUUGACGUCAAGGACUGCACCGCCGCGUCCGUCGCCGAGUCGGGCGACAGCGCCGUCGCCAAGUCCAUCACGUGCGUCGCCGACAAGGUCACCGAGAUCGCCACCCUCGGCAAGAACAUCGCCAACGUGCCCAUCCGCGCCACCACCCUCGCCAAGGACGGAGCCGUGGGCUACAACACCUGCCGCUCAUCGACCAGCACGUUAGGGAAGAGGACUUGCCAGAUCAGAAAUAUCGCCCCCGUCGCCGUCAAGAGCGCCCUGCUCGUCAAGGACACCAUCAGCUACGCCACUCAGGCCACCAGAUUGGUCGCCACCCUCAGGGUCGACCUCACCGGCUGCGCUGCCAAGGCCGUCGCCGGCAACCCCAUCCAGAGCGCCAAAGCCGCCGCUCAGAUCGUCAGCUGCGUCCGCAGCAAGUUGGGCAACUAAGGCUUAAAUAAUAAAAAUAUUUUCUUAGUUCAAAAA